UUGCGCUAAAGGCUCCUUUUACGGCGGGAGAUGACCUGGUGAUAUCUGGCGAUCUUUACUUGGCAUUGAGACCUGGGAUCUACUUGCCCUGUGUUUUCCUUGCCUUGAUUUACUUGGCAUUGAGUUCUAAUUUUUGCAAUCAAGCAAGUCUUCAGGACAGCGAAAGGGAAUAGUUUAAGUGCGAUGUUUCACGCUCGUCUGGUUUUCAAUCUUAUCUGAUCUAUACCCCGUUUAGUUAUUUAUAGUAAAAAGUGUCUUUGAAGGGUUUCCCCUUUUGUGUGAGAUUUUGCAUCAGAUGGCUUAGGGGUUGAAGUAAUUAACUGAUAGAGAAAGCAAACCAGGAACGGGUUAGAUGGGAAGAACAGUUAAUUAUCCAUUUGUUAGAGAGGUUUUGAUUUCUACACUAUGCUGAUAUUAAUAGAAGGACGUUGCUGCCAGGAAUCAUGCAGAGGGCAAUGCAAUCACUGCGGCUGCAUGGAAAUGUUCUUAAACGAGCUGUUCUCCAACAUGUUCGAGUCAUGAACCCCUCUGUGCUACCAACUGUGUUUACCCGCUAUGAGUCAGUUUUGCCAUCACGUUUAGAAGAGCAUGGAUUUGAAAGCACAACUAUCCUGGAUAUUCUCACAGCUAAAGGGAAGAGUGCCGAUGGCUCCUGGCUGUGGUGCACAACUGAUGACACUGUUUAUGAUGCUGUCAAAUCUAUGACACAACACAAUGUUGGAGCUCUGGUGGUGGUGAAACCAGGGGAAGAGAAGGCAAUUGCUGGUAUUGUUACUGAGAGAGAUUAUCUCCGUAAAAUCAUUGUGCAAGGAAGAUCUUCCAAGGAAACUAAAGUUGGUGACAUCAUGACUGAAGAGAAUAAACUCAUCACUGUGACUCCAGAUACUAAAGUACUGCGGGCAAUGCAGCUGAUGACAGACAACCGCAUUAGGCACAUCCCCGUGGUUGGUGAGAAAGGAAUGAUUGGAAUGGUCUCCAUUGGUGACGUUGUUCGAGCUGUGGUGAGCGAGCAUCGUGAGGAGCUGAAUCGCCUCAAUGCUUAUAUACAAGGAGGAUACUAAGACAAGUAGUUCCCUAGUCGAAUAACAAUAGACCAUAACGAUGGCAAAAAACCCUCUCGUUUCUUUGAGCAGACUGCGAGCACAUGUACAAUUGUGCCGGUUUUCUCUGGUCAAGCAAACCUAGAUCCCUGUUUCUGGCUACUUGAUAAAGUUUCUGAAUAAAUUUUCUUCGAUA